AUGUACAAGACGGGGAUCGCGGGCGCUGUGCUCGCAUGCGCGUCUGCGGCUGUCGCGGAUGGUGUUGUGCGCGGUGUGAAUCUUGGUGGUUGGCUGGUCACAGAACCAUGGAUGACGCCUUCAGUAUUCGAGAAGACAAACACCACGAGCGAAUGGGCGUUAUGUAGCGCGCUUGGCAAAGACGAAGCACUCUCACAAUUGCAGAACCACUGGUCAACUUUCUACACACGAGAUGAUCUGGUGGCGAUCAAGAAGGCUGGAUUGACUGCUAUUCGUAUUCCUCUCGGCUACUGGGCUGUGGAUCUCCUGGACUUUGAGCCGUAUGUGUCUGGUCAGUAUCCGUACCUCGUGCAGGCAAUUCAAUGGGCGAACGAACUUGGCCUCAAGGCCAUGAUCGAUCUCCACGGAGUACCUGGAUCGCAGAACGGCUGGGAGGAAUCCGGUAUCGUCGGAGGCAUCGAGUUCCCGGCCAACUCAUCCAACUCGGACCGAAGUUUGAAAGUGCUCCAGAACUUGACGACAGAGUUCACGAAGUCGCAGUAUGGUGGCGUGGUGACGAACAUUGAGCUCAUGAACGAGCCCAUAUUCGCAAACGCGCCUCUGCAGGAGUUCUACACAGCUGGUGCUAAGGUCGUCGGACCUGCCAACUCCAGCGGCAUCAACACCACCAUCCACGAUGCGUUCUACAACCCUCCCACCUGGAAGAACUACGACCCGUACAACUCCCAGGCACAAUCGCCAGCUCCGUACGUGACACUCGACACCCACCAGUUCUGGGCUUUCCCGCCUCUUGACACUCUUGGCAAGGAAGCCAUCCUUGAACGCAUCUGCCAGUUCGGUCAGACCAUCAAGACAAACAACAGCGGCAUCCCACCAACUCUCGUUGGCGAGUUCAGCUUGUCUACAGGCUACACCGCCAACUCGACCUCCCAGACCGAAGAAGAUCAAGACAAACGAACUUGGUUCCGCAUGGCUUUCGAAGCCCAGAACGCCGCUUAUGCACCUAAUGCACCUGGCCAGGCAUCUAUCGGCUGGUACUUCUGGGCGUGGAAGACCGAGUACGACAUUGAUGCGUGGUCCUACCGCCGUGGUCUAGCAGAUGGCUACAUCCCGUCUAACGUCUCUGACCCGACGACAUACGUCUUCCCGAUCAUGGAGAACGGCUGCAUCAACGAGAACGUGACCUACUCGGCUCCCAAGAACAUCCCGUACUUCAACGGGGAUUCCAACGCACAAAGUGCCAGUUCUUCGGCCUCGGCAAGUUCGACUGGCAAGAAUGGGCAGGCUUCUGCUACCAGCAGUGGCAGUGCUGCGUCUGCAACCAAGUCGUCAAGCGCUGGUAGCGUGAUGCCUGCGCUCGGGGCCGCGAUUGGUCUGGCAGCAGGUGCCGUGGCGAUGCUUUCUUAG